AUUCACACCGCUCAUCAACAACCCGCCGCUGCAACUAGAAAACGCACUGCUCAAAAAACUACAGAUGCUCCGUCCGCGAAAAGAUCUAAGAGGUCGGACCAAGCAAGUUCGAGUACCGCUUCAGAACCAGCUUCCAGAGCAAGUGCUGAAAACGCCGCUGCUAGCUGGCAACCUGAUUCUAUUCUCAUUCCAGCCAACCUUGUUCCAGCUAGCGAAGAAAACAUCACCCAAACAUACCGGCAACAUUGGCCGCAGAUCCGUACGCGUUUUAGCCGCCAGAAUCGUUUACAAGACUGGUACAAUUUCCGCCUGUCUUCGAUCAGUCCUGCCUCCCUCCGCGAACAACUGAACCACAUCUUUGCUGACCAGAGCACGGUUUUCAAAGUCAACUUUUCCUUUGGUUUUAUUCUGCGUAAUACAGAAACUGGGGCCCUCCAGUAUCAUCAUCCAUCCGCCAACAACCAUUUGGUGCUAGAACAACCGUUCCUGAUUUCAAGUCCAGACGAUUUAGAGGCCUAUAUCAGCAGAUAGCGGAGAUCGAUUUCCUUGAGUGGGUUCGACAGCAGCGACCUAACAGUAAAUGGGUGGUGGAUCUCAUCACGAAUGUUACCUGGUUUGUUUGGAAGAUUCGAGACCACCCGAUCGGCCGUGGCAAAUAUCUACCAGGUUAUAUCGCCGACAACUACGGUCUUGACGCGCUGGAAAAUAAUGCGAAAACCGGUAAACCGUACGAAGAUAAUCUGUGUUUCUUCCGCUGUCUGGCUCUCCACAAUGGUUGCCAUACUAAGAACCUAGAAAGAGAUACCAAGUACUAUUACCAACAGUAUCGAGAAGCUGGUCUCGCUAAAAAGAAAUUUCAUGGUGUCAAGAUAAGUGAACUAGACUACCUAGAAAAAUUGUAUGAACUGAAUAUUCAAGUAUACAGUCUCGCGCCUACUCAGAGCCACAGUGAAGACGAAGACAAUGAAGAAAAUACUCCCGAGAUUGCCGCCACCCUGCUUCGCCGCUCACAUCGCCACUACUCCAGCACGCUCUACUUGAACUUGUACGAAAACCAUUUCUCGUAUAUUAAAGAUCUCGCCCGGUACAGUAAAUCCUUCUGCUGUUCAAGAUGUGGCAAGUACUGGAAACGCGAAAGUAAUUUAAGGCAACAUGAGAAAACCUGUGACGGCAAAGUCCAGCUGAAGUACCCUGGCGGAGCAUAUCACGUCCCUAAAACAGUGUUUGAGCAACUAGAAGACGAAGGUAUUGUCGUACCAGAAGAAUGGCGGUACUUCCCUUACCGCGCCACCUACGAUUUUGAAUGUUACUUUGACAAGGAAAAAGCGCAAGAACUCAAGAACACAGAAAAAUUGAACUGGGAAUCGGCGCAUGUUCCCCUCAGUGUGAGUGUGUGCAGUAACGUGCCUGGUUACCAAGCACCGAAAUGUUUUGUGUCUAACGGCGACCCAAACGUGUUUAUUACAGAAUUUAUGCAGUACCUCACCAAGAUAAGCCUGAAAAGUUCUUCUAUUCUCCGUGAACAGUUUGCACCUGCGUUUGAAGCACUGAAGCAAGUACCUAACCGCGAUGACUCAACAGAAGACCGAUUAGCGCAAAUACUUGUUGAUAUCCAGGAGGGUAGUCAGCAAGCUGAAAGUGAAGAAGGGGAAGAUAAUGAUGAAGAAUUAAGUGACUACGAAAGAGAUAUCGAUUUGAUGGCAAGUGAUGACGAUGACGACGAGGAAGAAAUCGAACCGGAGAAUGAGGAAGAUCGCGCGUUUCUCAAUGAUGAGGUAACAGAAAACGACCCUUCGUUUUACAGAAGACUGAACGUUGAGUUGGAUACUGAAAGGAGACAAGAGAGGAGACAACAGCGAGAUGAGCUAGCCCAGUACGAAGAUGUGUUGUUUGGUCAAGAGCAGACUAGCGACAACAAAGUCUUAACAAAGCUAGCUGAAAAACUGAACGCAUACUUACAAGAACUGCCCGUGCUAGGCUUCAACUCUGGCAAGUACGAUCUCAACGCUGUGAAAGAAUUUGUAUUUCCCUACCUCAUUGAGUCUCAACCCAUCAAGUUCACUGUCAAAAGAAACAGCAACCAUAUGUGUCUCAAGACAAACUCCUUAAAAUUUCUGGACAUUUCGAACUAUGUCGCGCCGGGUUUCAGCUAUGACCAGUUUCUAAGAGCGUAUGAAUGCGAGCAAACCAAAGGUUUCUUCCCUUACGAGUGGAUCGACAGCCUGGACAAGCUCGAAGAAACAUCUCUGCCCUCGCAUGAAGCUUUCUACUCAAGUCUGAAGAACCAAAACAUUACAGAAGAAGAAUAUGAGUACUGCCAGCAAGUAUGGGAAGAAAAUGAAAUGUCCACCUUUCAAGAGUUCUUAAUCUGGUACAAUAAUUUGGAUGUCGUUCCUUUCCUCGAGGCAGUAGAGAAAAUGAGUCAGUUCUGGCAGGAGAGAAAGAUCGAUAUGUUUAAAGAUGGCAUUUCUGUCCCUGGUUUAACCCUCAAGUACCUCUUCUCUUAUCUUUCACCUCAAACUUACUUCAGUCUCUUCGAUCAAGCGAACAGUGAUCUCUACCAUCUGAUCAAAGACAACAACACGGGCGACCCAAGUAUUAUUUUCCACCGAUAUCAUGAAGCCGGCAAAACAAAGAUCAGAGAAGCAGAGGAAGGCGAGGCUGCUAAGCUGUGUGAGAAGAUCGUGGGUUAUGACGCGAACGCUUUGUACCUCUGGGCGCUCAUGCAAGAUAUGCCCACGGGAAGUUAUACGAGACGCCUGGCGGACAAUGAGUUCAAACCGAAAAGUUCUGUACGCAUGGCUAUUGAAUGGUUGGAAUGGGUGGCGCACAAAGAGGGAAUUCACAUCCGACAUCAGUUAAACGAUACAGAAAAGCGCAUCGGUGGUCGUAAACUGCCUGUAGACGGUUUCAACGCGCAGACGCAAACUGCGUACCAGUUUCACGGCUGUUAUUGGCACGGCCAUGACUGUGCUCUCAACCGAGGGAAAGAGUUUAACGAGAAACGCAAGAAACCUAUGGCUGAGAUCAGAGAAGAAACGAGAGCCAACACGGAGUAUAUCCGCAGCAAAGGGUACAACGUGGUGGAAAUGUAUGAAUGUCAGUGGAGAGAAAUGAAGAGAACCGACCGAGAACUACGGCGUUUUAUUGCCACCGAAGUGAGAAGAACCCUGGAUCAAGUCAAGAUCAUGAGUCCCGAGCGAAUAUUGAGCGAGGUGCGACAUGAGCGUUUGUUCGGGUGCGUGGAAGUAGAUAUUCGUGUACCAGAUCACUUAAAGGAAAAGUUUAGUGAAAUGUGCCCGAUCUUCAAGAACACAGAAAUCAGCCGCGAUGAUAUUGGUGAAUUUAUGAAAGCGUACGCCGAGGAGCACAGCAUCAUGGCUCAACCCCGUCGCAGUUUGAUUGGGAGCAUGAAAGGAGAAAAGAUCCUGCUGGCCACACCCCUCCUCAAGUGGUACCUGGAACAUGGUUUAGAGGUCACGAAAGUGCACCAAGUGAUCGAGUUCACCCCUCAACCCUGCUUCAAACCGUUUGGGGAUGCGGUGUCAGACGCGAGGAGAGCCGGAGAUGCGGACCCCAGUAAAGCCAUCAUUGCAGAUACCAUGAAACUGGUAAGUUUUUGUUUCAUUCUUUCAUUCAUAAAGGGGUGGGAACAAUAUACAUUUUCACGAAUAGAAAAAACUUAUAUCUUUGUCUACCUCUCAGGUGGGUAAUUCAGGCUAUGGUAAGACGAUCACUAACCAACUGAAACACAGAAACGUGGAGUAUUGCAGUGACGCAGAGGCCAGCCGAAAAGUCAACACCCCACUGUUCCGGAAACUGGAUAAUAUCACAGAAGAUAAUUAUGAAGUAGAGUCUGGUAAGAAAACUAUUAAGUUAAACUUACCUAUUCAAGUCGGGUUUUUUGUGUAUCAGUAUGCUAAGUUACGCAUGCUGCAGUUUUAUUAUGAUUUUCUAGACAAGUAUCUCGAUCGCAGCGAUUUUCAAAUGUGUGAAAUGGAUACGGAUUCAGCGUAUAUCGCUAUUGCUGGGGAGAGUGUGGAAAGUUUAGUCAAACCAGAAUUGAAAGCAGAGUUCGAAGCCGAUAUAUGCAACUGGUUUCCCCGUACGGAUACACCCGAGCAUAAAGCCUAUGAUAAGCGAACCCCGGGUCUUUUUAAGGUUGAGUGGGAGGGACAAGGAAUUAUCGGGUUGUGUUCAAAAACCUACUACUGUUUUGGGGCCAAAGAUAAGUUUUCUUGCAAAGGAGUCAAUAAGAAAUGCAAUGACAUUAACAAAGAUAAAUACCUUAAUGUCUUACUUACAAAACAAAAUAGUGCUGGGGUGAAUCGAGGGUUCAGAGUUGUAAAUAAUACUAUGUACACUUAUACCCAGGUCAGAGAUGCCUUUUCGUAUUUUUACCCGAAACGUAAAGUUUUGGCUGAUGGAGUUAGCACCACUCCACUCGACAUUUAA